UUUGUGCAUUUCAUAUGUUUCACCGCUAAACCCUACGCAAAAAAAGGCUUGUCCUAAGUUCACUUUCUUUUAAAAAAAGAGGGGUAUUUGUGUAAUGGUUUAGAUGUUAAUUGUUCAGCUGAUAGAUAGAAUGUGUUUUGCCUUGCAGAUUGAAGCCCAUAAUGUGUUCUGUAAGUCGUAACACAAACAGGACUGGGUUGGAUAUUUAAGUUAAUAUUUCAGCAGGUGACCCCGUACAAUUUGGCACUUGGAGAGUUUUAGGACAGACAAGGACUGAGUUGAGUACAUUUUGGAGUUACGUACGGAUUCUGGUGAGAUAAGGUACUUGUUUUUUUUAAUCUGACUUUUGAUAGAAGAUAUAUUGGUAAUAAUCUGAGUACCCCCACUUUUCUAUUGUGACAUGUGUAGGGAAGAUGUUACAAUUAUAUAAAAGUGAGUAAGAGUCGGAGAAAUCUCGGAAUGAUCUUUUCAAACAUUCUAAACAUGAAUUGUUAUUCACGCGAAGAAACUGUGGUGACUUAUCUUUAAUUUUGUAGGAAUUUUACCAAAGUUAUUAGAAUUCAUGCUUUCCUAGUCAGUUGAAAUUUUUUUAUGAAACAAAAGUUUUAUUAAAAAAGUCAAGAUGUUCCGCACGGACCUCAGUAUAAAGAAAUAUUCUGUCAAAAUGUAGGUGCCACUGCAGUAGGGUCAUUUGCCUCUCACUAACGAGGAGCCAUCAUUGGUUGUAGUAAUGUCAUUUUAGAGCUUAUUAUCCCACAUAACAAACAGAAGUACUGGAAGUGGGUAAAUAUAAUCUAAUAGGGGCCCCUGAUGGAGUUUCUUAAUGAUGGGAUAUACGUUUUUACAAUUUUACGAUUUGUUUGCAUCAUCCCAUUGUUCGGGACUGUAAAAUCUCCCAGGAUUCUCUCUCCACUGUGGUGAUUGGGGCCCUGUUGUGCUUGUAAUUGAGGGUAAACAUAGCUGAAUGGAGAACAUGCUUGUUAGAAAGGGGAUGAUGUUGACUUUGUGGCUGGGAGGUUGUGUAGAGACUAUUAUUUCAUAUUUAUCUCCACUUUAUGGCUUUGUAUGAAGUGUCCAGGGGACCGAUUUGGAAUCUUCCAAUCACUGAAAAUGUGAACAGAUCUGGAAUGAAAAUUUAAUGGCUGUAGGUAUGGUUUUCCUUUAAAUGUUUGACUGAGACUAGGUAUACGCAUGGUAUCUUUGUGUAACAUCUAAAAGCUUCUAACUCACACAUUCAAGGUGUUUGAUCAGGGACAUUAUUCAGUUUUUCAGGGCCUCUUUAGCAUAUCUUUAAAAAUCAUCUCACUUUCUGUUUCUUUUUACCGAAGCACAUUGACUGAGUAACAAAUAUUGGCUGAGAAGCUUCUAAUGUCCAAUAAUCCUGUACUCGCGACUUUCCCUGUCGAUAGUGUCCUUUAAAGUGUCUGUUGACAUCGUUUUAUAGCACAGUUUACAGACUGAAAGCCUACCCAUUAACCAAUCUAAUUGGAAUUUGAGCUGUUCAUUAUUUCGAGAGGUAAAUAUUUAGAUUUUGGCAAAGUGUAUUUACACCAGAUGCUCAUUCUUUUGAAGGAAUAAUAUAUUUCGUGCUAUCUCUGUACUCCUUGUUGACACAAACUUGUUUGCGUUGAGUCACGAAAAUCCCCUCGCUCAAUAUCCGCUCUGACCAGACUGGUUAUCUGAGGUUCCUCUGUGUGGGCUGUGGGGGCCCCUAUUGUUUUCUGAGGACCCUUAUCAGUUUUCUGACACUGUGACAAAGUCAUUCUUAAAAUGUAGUAUCCUAGUAGGGAUUAGUGAUUAGUGUGUCACCUGUUUUCACCUGCUGGGAAUGUUGCUAAUAUUACACAUAAGGGAACUACCUGUUUAUCAAGGUUUGGAGCAGAAAUCUUACAGGGAUACCUUUGUUUGGUGAUUGGCCUAUCUGGCAGUAAACAAUAUUACAACAUCUGUUUGGGACUGCCAUACUUUGUUUCAGACAGUCACUAUAUUGUUUGGGGGACCUCUAUCUUUUACUGGGUCUAGAGUUGUAAUUCUUGUGAGUACUUUUUUUUAAAAUUAUAAACUUUUUAUAAUGGAUUAAUGCAUGUUGGUACUAAUUCUGUGUGAAUUACUUUUAGUUCCUACUACUAGUACUAGUACUGUAUUUUAACCAUGCUCUAUAGAAACCAUUAAUAGUAGGAAUCAAUGAUAACCAAGCACAUGUUAGUCCAUGUGUAAAGACUGGAGGGGGAUGCUUUUAAAUUCUUACAACAAUUUACCAAUUAACCAUAUUUGAAUUUAAACAUUUGUCCAGUGUGACAUUGAUUGUUUUUGCUGUAUUUAGAUUGAGCCCUGUGGGACACUACUAGAUCACAGCUCUGUUUUAGCAAUUAGUCUGCCCAUUCAGUCAUAGUGAUCCCCUUUUAUCAGGUGUUGCAGACAGGUGUGAUUUUUGUCAUCAUGUUGCUUGCAAGGUGUUGAUAAUUCUUUCUGUUGUCAAAAAGUAGGAUUAGAAUCAAAGGACUGUUGUUUUACAGACAACCAAUUAGCUCUGUUUGUGUGUGUUACAAUUAUUUUAAAAGCUUUAUGGUAUUGGAAGGCAUUCAUGCAACUAUAGGAAUGUUCUAUACCAAUUCAGGAUCUCUACUUGAGAUUGGUUUUGCAAAAUGAUAAAAUUGAAUGUUUAACUAUUACAAAUAUGGUUUGUAUAUUGAGUAUUUUAAAUUUCUUUUUCUCUAGAUAUAUAUUUUUGAUUUAGACUUCAUAGUUUUUUAAAAUCUGAUUUAUCAAGAGUUAACCUGCUGUCUUCAUUGAGUUUCACAAACAAUGUCAGGAUUUAUCUAAAUUGUUUAUCUAAAUGUGGUAGGAACCUGGAAACCCUACCAUUGAGAGGUUGGCUAAUGAGUGCUAAUUACUGAUCAUUAGAGAAUGAAACUGUCAAAAAGUAAAGUUUUACAGGGUGCUGGCAUUGUUAUGUGGGAGAUAUUGUGACAGAUAGUAGUGGGUUCUGGGGCAGUGGAUGGGAGUAGGUGGUCAGGAUACUACAGGUAAAAUAUUAUCUACCUGGGGGAUCUAGGUGCAAUAUGACAGUCUGUUGAACAUAUUCUGAAAACAUGUUACAUAUUUCUCAGGAGGCCUUUAUCUGUCCUGUACGUUUUUAUGGGGGAAAUUUUCUCUUUGGAUUGGUUUCAUAAAAAGACGGAUAAUUGCAAUUUUCAAGUGAACACAUGUGCGUAUAAAAUUAUCACAAUUUAUUUGAAUAAGGAAAAGCCAGGACAAUGUGUUUUAUUGCUCUCAAUUUCUGGGGCUCUGAAGUUUGUUUGUAAUGGUUGGUAUUAGGACAGAUGAUGAUGGCAAUUAAGUCUCUCACAUAUCAAGGUAAUACAGUGUUAUCAAGGUUUCUCAUCUCCCUUUUAAGAUCAGCUGACCAAAAACCAGAAAAAAUACCUCACUAGAAAUUUAAUACCCUUUUCCACCUUAAAUGUGUGGCUUUGUCGAGUUUUGAUGCACGGAUUACUUCAUUUUAUGAUGUAGAGUUAUAAGUCGAAGUCUAUCAAUCGGACCGGACUGGAUUUUUAUGCAGAUCCCCUCAGUGAGGUGUAGGAGUCAAUGACACAAGAUCAAAACCGAUGGAAGAGAAUUGACCAAGAGUCUCCCAUUUCCUGCACGUUUCACCUACGGAGUUCGCUCAAACUAAUUGCUCUUUCUCGCUCUGUGUAGUGGUAUUAGUGUGCUGUGACCAGGAUUACAUGUCUAAUUUAUUUUUUCUAAUGGAUAUCUAUGACUUCAAGAUGGCUUGACACACUGAAAAUGACCGAAUAGAUGUAUGAGAGUUGAAGGGGAAAAUUUCACCACACACCAUAAAUGCAGACAAAACAGAAACCUGUGAUGGACAGUAAUUACAACUAUAGACCGAAAGGUCAAGGUCAACCAAAGAGAGGUCACCUCAAGGACGCUCACAUGAAUAGGGGUUCACUGAGUUGUUCAUCAGAUGAAGAGUUCCAUUCCGACGACAACCUACGACCUUACGAGGAGGUGAAGGUCGCUCAUCAAGACAAAAAACUCAAUGGGCUCGGUCUAACCCCUGAAGAGCAUGUUGAAUUAACAGCCAUGGACCAAAAGGUACACAUGAUGUGUUCCAAAAACAACCACAAAUCCCCUCGCUUCUACACGUACCACGACGGAUCGGAAGGCGAGGAAUCCGAACAGAAUCUCUCCGUGUCCACAAAACACGCCUCCCUCAGUGUCAAUCACCAGGGCUCUCAGUGCUCAAUUUCAUCCAAUGAAAUGGACAAUAUGCAUUCUAUGCGGAAUGAGGUGGUAUCCAGGUUGUCAGACUCUGACCCUGACAAUCAUAACCACCAUGUUCAUUCACCGCAUGACCAAAAUAAAUUCCAUCAUGCAGCUACAGCACCAGGGGGUCUCCCGCCAUGCUUCAACCCCCCUCCCCCACCCCCUCCCAUAGAAGACAUUCCACAUCAGUCAUCAGUGCCACAGAGACUCAACAGAUGCAUGGGGCCCUCGUAUCGGGGGAAUUUCCCCGACGUCGACAGCUGUCCCUGUCGCAGUCACUUUGUGGACACUAACGCUGCGUUGUUACACAAUCACCACAAUGUCAGGGGACACUACUCCGACAAUGAAAACCCCUAUCACAGGGGAGGACACUCUUGCUCAGACAGUGAACACUAUCAUCAAGUGAGACCAUGUGUGUAUUCUGGGGAGGAGAGUGAUUUUGAACCGCAUUAUUUGGAGCAGACAUCCUCCGGUAAUGUCUUCAUUCCAGAUGGACAACCUCGGUUUCCACGCACAGUGCCAAGGUCAGGGUCGGUGCCAAUGUCAAGGUCGGGAGAACUAGUCAGUCCACAACCAAUUAGACCACAGUGUUCUAACACAGUCCCUAAUCACUUCAUGAAUGGAGACCACACUUCAGAGAGGCAGGCCUUUCUUCCACACAACUGUGGUUACCCCAGCAAUAUGACUUCACCACCCCGAUCUCACGACUGUGGGUACACGAAAUUCAGCAAUACGCCCCACUACAUGAAACAGAAGCUUCGAAGGUGGAGUUGGAAAUGGGCCGCCUUAUUUCUAGUCAUAAUUUGUGUUGGCCUUCUGGCAGCAACAACAUAUUUUGCAGCCCAUUUGGCGUUUGAGAAAAAUGAGAAGAAAGAGGAAAUACCUGGUGCCUUAAACCACACAGUUUUGAAGUUCACUCAGACUCCCCUACACCUAGAUAGUAGUCGACCAACUUACACAACAAUUCCUCCACUAACUCUGUGGCAGACGUACUUCAAUCAAAUGGAUUCCAGUUUUGUCAAGUUUGACUUCACAAUUCCAAACAGUGCUCGCCUGGCUAUAUACGGCAGACGGAACUUUGCACCCACCAUCGCUCAGUUCGAUUUCUAUCAGAUCUAUGAUGGUAGCACAAUUAAAGAACCUUCCUUACAAACCAUGAGGAAUAGGUAUAAGCGCUCAUUACCAGACAAAGAGACAGGUCUGAUUCAGCUGAUGGAAAGGGGAAAGUGGUACAUCACUGUAUACAAUGACCGGGAUCAACCACAGGAGAUCAGCAUUGCCAGGAGGACCAUUGACUCCAUGGGAACUAAUUGUGAGAGUGACUGUUCCGGUCAUGGCCUUUGUGACAACCAGGGGAGGUGUCAGUGUUUUAAUGGCUACAGGGGACCAUACUGCUCGGAACAGGAGUGUCCUCACCUGUGUAACGGCCAAGGCGAAUAUCGACAGGGUGUGUGUGUUUGUCACGAGGGCUGGAAGGGGCCGGAGUGUGACACCCCUGCCAACAAAUGCGAGAACCCCACCUGUAACAACAGAGGGCAGUGCGUGGACGGCCAAUGCCAGUGUGAUAAGGGAUUCACCGGCCCCCAUUGCGGCAUCGUGACCUGUAUUGACCCUAGUUGCUAUGGUAACGGGCUUUGUCACCUUGGUAAAUGUGUCUGCUAUAAGGGGUUCAAGGGAGACCAUUGUCAGUUACCCGACAAACUUAACCUUACCCAUCUCUGUGCCCGCAAUUGUUCUGGGCACGGGCAGUUUGAUUGGGACAUGGGCCAAUGCAUCUGCCAUCGCUUCUUCACAGGCCAGGAUUGCGAACAAGAGAUGUGUCGUCUGCGUUGUAUAAAUGGAUUCUGCCACAACCAGCGGUGUGUGUGCGACAAGGGAUGGGGAGGAGUUCUAUGCGACUCUCAGAACUGUGACCCCCGCUGUGACGGAAUUAAGGGCCAGUGUGAUAAAGGAACCUGUAUCUGUCGGGAGGGCUGGAACGGAAAGCACUGCACCAUAGAUGGAUGUCCAAAUGACUGCAGUAACCAUGGUACCUGCCGUCGCUAUGGAAACAGUGGAUACAAAUGUGACUGUCAUGCUGGAUGGAAAGGUAGUGGUUGUAAUAUCGCCACGGAGAUGAUGUGCUCCAACAACAAAGAUGAUGACAAUGAUGGCUUGAGUGACUGUCUGGACCCAGACUGUUGCUCCAGUGCUUCCUGUACCCAGAGUCCAUUCUGUCAGACUGUCCAGGACCCUGCAGAAAUUCUCCUUCAGAAACCCAAACCCAGCUCUACCGCGUCGUUCUUCAAGAAAAUGAAGUUCCUGGUGGACAACAACAGCAUACAAAAGGAGACGUCCAAGAAUUCCUUUAAUGAAAGCCAAGUGUCUGUCAUUCGUGGGCGGGUGGAAACUCGGGAUGGUACUCCGUUGGUGGGGGUCAGGGUCAAUGUGAGGAUUCAACCUCUGUAUGGCCACACCCUGACCAGGAACGAUGGAAUGUUUGACAUUCUGGUGAACGGCGGUGGAUCAGUGACCCUGGAGUUCACACGUCAGCCAUUUCAGUCCCACACCAUCAGUGUCUCAGUACCAUGGAAUCAAAUCAUCACCAUGGAAACCGUCAUCAUGGAUCUUCAGUUGGGCAGCUUCUCUCAGCCUGACCCCUCGCUGUGUGGGGUGGGGCAUGAUCACCACUCCAUGAAACCCAUCGUUUUGUCCACGUGGCAGCACACUCAGCUCGGGGCGUGCCCGGAGAAAAGCACCCUUAUACCAGAGUCCCAGGUUCUACAGGAGAGUAUUGAAGUCCCAGGUACCAACAUCCAUCUUGUCUACCACAGCAGUGAGACGGAGGGCUACAAGUCCAUCAUUCUCAUCCAGAUGACUCCAGACUCCAUCCCGACAAAUCUCGCCCUGGUCCACCUCAAAGUCUACGUCCAGGGCAUUGAGACUGUUAAGGUGUUUGAAGCGGAUCCUGGCCUUAAAUACACGUUUUCCUGGGAUCGUAUUAACGCCUACCGACAGAAGGUUUAUGGGAUUGUCCCGGUGAAGGUGCAUGUGGGAUACGAGUAUAAGGGUUGUAAUUAUGUAUUCUGGGAAGUGAGGACAACUACCAUGACAGGAUUUGAUCUGACGUCGUCGGAGAUCGGUGGCUGGAAUGUGGACAUCCAUCAUACUUACAAUUUCCAAGAGGGUAUUUUACACAAGGGAGAUGGCAGCAAUAUUUACCUGAAGGAAAAACCUCAGGAACUGGUCAGUAUCCUUGGGAACGGUAUCCAGCGGAAACUAGACUGUGCCCUGUGUAACGGUGAUGCCUCCAAUAACCAGGUGCGGGCCCCGGUAGCUCUGGCCAGCGGCAGCGAUGGAAGUCUGUACAUCUGGGACGACAAUUUUAUCAGGAAACUUUCUCCUGGACGGACGGAGAUAGUCAGCAUUCUCAAAACAAAUUCCGUGUUUCAUAAGACAUACAUGACCGUAAGCCCAGUCAAUGGAAAAUUGUACAUCUCGGACUACAUGAAUCAUCAGAUCAUCCAGAUCGCCACCAUGGGACCAGUCCAAAAUCUAGAGCAAAAUUUCAAGGUCAUUGCUGGGAAUGGGGAGGAGUGUUCCACUGGACUUCUGGAUGAGUGUGGGGACAACGGACCGGCUGUCCAGGCCAGACUGCUCGGGCCCAAAGGCAUUGCUAUUAACAAGGAGGGAGUGAUAUACAUCGCAGACAAUCUCAACAUCAGACAGAUUUCUGCUACAGGCAUGAUCUCCACUCUCAUUGGCUCCCACAACCAACUCAGGUCACAGGAACCGAUGUCAUGUGACCACAGUAGACCAGCCAAUCAAGUUCAGCUGCACUGGCCAACAGCUUUGGCCAUUGACCCACUGGACGAUUCCCUCCACAUCCUGGACAAAAACGUCAUCCUGAAGUUGACCAAGGACAACUACAUUGUAACCAUUGCUGGUCGACCCAGUAAUUGCCCAAUCAGAGGCAUCAACUCUUUACUGUCUAGUGUUCUAACAGACGAGGAGGAGGCAUCGGGCAUCGCGGCUGACGUCAGACUGGUGGACGCCCAGAGCAUCGCGUUCGGUCCGCAUGGAGAAAUCCACGUGGUGGAGAGUGACCAACACAGAAUCAACAGAGUUCGUGUCAUCACCUCGGACGGCAGGAUUCAUCACUUCGCAGGCUCCAAGUCCAAGUGCGACUGCAAGUCCAAGACGUGUCUGUGUUACGACGGGAAGGAAACCUUGGCAGCCCAGGCGUUGUUUAAUUCGCUGACCUCCAUCACAGCAACGCCGGACGGAAUCGUUCACAUUGCAGACAAUGGAAACUUGCGGGUCUUCUCUAUCAUGUCCAAACUUCCUCAGCCAGAUGCCAAUAAUAAAUAUAAAGUCUAUUCACCGGAUACCAAAGAGAUGUACAUAUUUAAUGACCAUGGUCAGCAUCAACACACCGUGGACAUCAUGACUGGACAGUACAUGUAUAACUUCACCUACAACGUCAACUCCUUCUUCAGUAAGCUGGUAUCGGUUACCGACGACAUCAAGAACGUGAUCGAGCUAACGCGGGACAGCAACCUCCAGGUCACGCAGGUUAUCUCCCCCGACAACCAACGAUCCAAACUGGAAAUGAACAAUCUGCACCGACUGGAGAGGUUUACCUCCCCUAAUAACAACUCUUUGUUAUUUACGUACAAAGGCACCUCUGGUUUACUGGAAUCAAAAUAUCUGAGUAACGGUCAGGGUUAUUUUUAUAACUACAAUGACAUGGGGCGAUUAGUCGAGACCCGACAACCCACAGGGGAGAUCACCUCACUGGUCACUGACAUUAACACAACAGGAUCUAUUGUUAGGGUCAACACAGACAGCAGUGAUGUCAUUUCCAUGGCAACCUAUGGCAGUGUACAGUCUGUCAUGCAUGUGAAAAUCUCUCAGGGUGUUGCUGAGACCCAGGUGACCUAUUUACCGGAUGGAGGUGUGGUGGUCAUGUAUCCCACUAACAUGUCGGUGACCAUCGAGUCUGGGGGACACCCUGUUCUGUCCAACCAACACAGGAUGCACUUCAAGCGAAAAAUCAUUGGCCCAAACAAGCUUGUUCACAAACUGGAAUGGAGGUUCUAUGCCCGACGCCGAUACAGCCCAUCCUGUGGGCGCAAGACCCUGCAGAGGCUGGGGCGUAAAAUGAGGGUAGGGGAGUCCCGCCCGCAUGUUAGCAUGUCUGACUCGCCCGACUCGUCUUCCAGGGGCGAGGCCAAAGCCCUCAGGAUUAACGGGGUCAAUCUCCUGUCUGUGGAAUACGACCGUCUGAAUCACACAGAAAGCAUCCUCAACAAAGACUCUCAGAACAUCUUGUGGAUCAUGUACGACGACAGCGGCCUCCCUGUGCAGUUCCUGCCAUGUAGCGAGCACCACGCCAUGAACAUUACGUACAACCAGCGUGGACAGAUCACGCACUGGCAAUACGGCGAGAUGUGGGAGGACCUCGAAUAUAACCGGGACGGACUUCUGCUGGAACGGUCACGAUCCGGGAUUGUACAGUAUCGGUUUAACUACCGAUAUGGAAAGUCGCUGCCCACAGAUAUCGUGAUGCCCAGCGGUAAACAGUAUUAUCUCGAGUACAAUAGCUUUGGAGAGCUGGAGAAGGUUCGAACCCCUGACCUUGGUUACCACCACUUCAAUCACAUUAUCUCCGUCGGAAAGCAGCGCUACCUGUACCGCGUACCCGACCUGUCAUACGCGUACUCCGAGGAGUAUGAUGGCAAUGGAAAGCUCCUCCUGGUGGUGUAUCCGAGCGAACAGAGGCGUGUGGCUUACCGAUACAACAGCUACUCACAGCCCACAAUGGUCCUGUUUGAUGAGACGCAAAUUGAACUGGAGUACGACGAACAGAUCCUGAAGCUGUCCAAUUCCAAGAUUUCUAGUGGGCCAUACAGCUGUGUGGAAGCCUACAGUUAUUCGGGGUCCUUGGUUUCCAGCUAUGAUAUGAGUUUUCCCAAGGACGAUAAACUAAUCUCGGGAUCGUUUUCCUAUUCCUACGAUAAUAAUUUCAGGAUCACCAAGAUGGAUGCAGCCUUUGCUUUCCGCAUGAACGGAACCAGUACAACCUUUAUGUAUGAUUCUGACACAGGCAAACUUAAAACCCUGGGUCCACUGAAUUUAACUUUCAGGACUAUGUACGAUUCUGAGACCAUAUCCGAUAAGUAUGUGACCAUUUCUAGAAGUUACGAUAAGUAUGGACGAGUGGAAAACAUAAAAUAUCGAUUUGACAGAGCUAACGUUUUGACGGUGAAAGUUGGGUAUGACGUUUACAACAGAAUCCAUCGAUGGCAGAGAAAUGUUGACGGGGAUCAAAUCAAGUACCUGUACAUGUACGAUAAAGACAGCAACAUCAUCGAAGUCUUCAUAAAUGGCCAGUCGACCUGGAGGUUUAGCUACAGCAACAACGGGAACAUCAACCGGGUGACGGAGAACGGAAUUUCCCAGGAUCUGACAUACGACACGGGAGACCGCAUCACAAAGGCAGGAAAUGAACAGUACAAGUUUGAUGAGGAUGGUUUUAUGGCAAAGAGACGGGACCAUCAUCUCAAGUUCAAUUCCAAUGGACAACUGACGUAUGUAGCUAGAACUGGUAAAUAUAGGUAUUUUUAUUUCUACGACUCCUCGGGAAAACUCGUCCUUAUGGAAUCGAAUGGUGGGGAAACAAUUCAAUACUUCUAUGGUGAUGUCUCAAAUCCGCACCGCAUCACUCACACCUACAAUAAAACGUCGUCCGAAGUCACGGAGUAUACAUACGAGCCAAACGGAAACCUGAUAGCUAUGAAGCGAGGUGGAGUGGUGUACUAUAUAGCAUGUGAUCCGAUGGGUUCGCCAAUAGCAGUGAUCAACAAGCAAGGCCACGUCAUUAAAUCCGUGGUGUAUGAUCCGCUGGGAAAAGUGGAAAAUGACACAAACUCGGGCUUCGAGUUCAGCUUUGGGUUCCAGGGAGGGAUUUACAAUCCGGUGACGGAGCUGGUCAUGUUUAAGAGCCGUGUGUAUGACACAGACAAUGGCCGCUGGCUCUCUCCAGACUACAGCAACAUCAUCAACAACAUUCAGAAAAUAAUGGAAGAUCCCACGCUCCUCAACAACUAUCGAUUCCGGUACCUGGUGAACACACACACAAAGAAGUCCUAUCCAAUUCUUUCUGUGACGGAGUGGAUGUCUAUGUUGGGCUAUGACAUCAGGAGUCUUGCUCCGGACGUGUCUUACACAGGAGAAAUACGACCGAAGAGAAAGGGCACCGACUUCUCUCUACUGCCGACUUCGUCCGCUUUUGAGUGUACCUUUCUUCAGGAUAUGGACAGUUUACUGACCAUGUCGAUUGUCCCCAAGUCUAAGCUGUCGCCGCUGCAGACCAGGAGGGAGGUGCACUUUGCUGCUACUGCUGGUAUUCUGGGGGAAGGUGUGACUCUUUCUUACCGUAACGGUCGUGUUGCCGUUGGCGUUAUGGAAAAGACUCCCAAUUGGUCCAAACAACUAGCUCUGGUACUGGUGAAUGGCUCAGAAAUUCUGGAUUUACAGUAUGACAUUAAUGGUAAGGAUGUCCAUUACUUUGUGAAACAAAAAAGUUCAAAAGGUGAGGAAGAUCUGAAAACUUUAGGAAUUUAUAAUGAUGAAAUCCGCUAUGAGAAUGGACUCAAUUUGACAGUGAAGAGAACUAAUCACAGAAAACCUGAGAUGGACAUCAAACUUCACGGAAAGCAUUCCAUUAUAAAUAUUAGAUACGGUACGACCUUGGACUUUGAGAGACAGCGAGUCCUGAACCACGCCAAAGACCGAGCUGUCAAUCAUGCAUGGAGGCGUGAAAAAUGGCUCCUACAAAACUCUCUUCCUUCACAGUACCAAUGGACUUCAUAUGAAGUGAAUGAAAUUCUAACCCACGGCUCUGCGCGGGGAUACAAGGGUCAGUAUGCACACUCACAGAUCCCCGCGCUGUACCCCGAAUUGUCAGAUGAUUGCAAUACCAUCAAACUUCGAAAAACCAGGUGAUAUCAAUAGACGUUAUUUGUUAUCUCUUGUGUGUUGUUUCCAGUGAAGGUGCCAAACAAUCAAAGAAAAAAAAAUAAACUGUUACAAGAAAAUCCUUUCCAUGAUACUCAUAGCAUCUCAAAUAAUGUGUUGUGAUUUCUUUAUAUCAACUGACACAAAUCAAAUUGUGCCAUGGAAACUGACGACUUGAUUUGAAUGUGCUUGGGCUAGAGUGACUGAUUUCUUGUGGUGCUACUGUGAGUCUGAGUGUGAGCGUAAUUGAAUUGUAUGUGUGAUGUCACAAAAUAUUUAUUUAUUAUCCAAUCAAACCAUGGGUACAAGUAUCUUAAGAUAUGUAUUGCUAUGUAUUCAUGCAGAAGUUGUGAAAUAUUCAUGUGGAGGUUUCCAAGGAAGUGAUGUAUCUAGACAGACAUGUUUCCAUGGAAACAAUUUAUUCAUGGCAACAAACAUUGUAGUGCUAUUUGUGUAUCAGUAUUGUGGACUAUGAUACAAAAUGUUAUUGUUCAUAUCAAAACUGCUGACCUUCUCACACUAGUCAUAUACUCCAUCAGCUAACCUAUUAUAGACGUGCUCAUCAUCUGAAUAGACUGGUGGUCAUGUGACAUCAGAGAUGUGCUUUUUCAUCCCCACAUUUUAAUGAAUCUUUUCUCUAGCCCCCUUUAAAGUUUGUUUUUUUGUAAUUUUUAACUGUACAUUUUUAUGGUUUGUCAUAUGUAUAAUAAGGAUGUAAUGUUUUAAACUUUUAACUAGGUAGAAUCUAUUUAAGAAUUUACUAUUGAGGUCCAGGAAGACUGCUGCCAUUGUUUUUCCACACAGCUGUGCAAUAUUUUUUUUUUUAAAAAGUGAUUGCAUUUCAAAUAUCCACAUGGCAGAUACUUGUUUACAAUCACCAAUAUUUGUCUUGCAUUUACGUAUAUUCCAUUAAAGGUUUGUGUUUUACUGCGUGUCCAGACAGACAGUCACGGUUUUUAAGUUUGUCCUGUUUAAUUACAGCAUGCGAGAUGAAUGUUCGUUUAUCUUACUCAGUGUGUACAAUACAAAUCUGUUCUUUUGUUUAUAACUGUGAUAUGUUUUGCCUCAGCAACAAAAAUGAUUCCUAGUAAUAAAGCUUCAUCUCUGUCUAUCUAUGCAGGGUAACAUUAUAAUAUGCUCUUCGUGUUUUCAGUUUCUCUGUCAUUUGUGCCAAACUUUUAUUUCCCAGCUUUUUCAGCUACUCAUAUUUACUAGUCCCCAUUUAGACUGGUUUUCAGCUCAUCAUAUUAAACCAAUGCAGAAAGAGCAUGCACAGUGUGGACUUUAAUGUUACUUCUGCCUUGAGUUUUGUCGUAAUUAUGUCACAAAUAUAAAUGUUACAUGGCAGAAAUAUAUCUGAUGUGUGUGAUGUCAUGAAGCAGUUCCGCCAUUUUUUGUCUACUUCCUGUUCGGAUUCAUUUCUGUGGUAUUAUAAUUAUGCAGUUAUAAUUCUUUGUAAUGCUGUCACUAGGCCAUUGAUUUACAAAAAAUAAAUGAACUAAUUAUU